CCUAGGUUCGUUCCUACCAUUCGGGAGUUGUAAGAGACUAAAGAUAUGUAUAACACCAAAAGUUGAUCAGUUCUAGGCGUAUCAUUACCUAUCCCUAGCAUCAAUAACGACGACCUACGACAACCUACGAUUACACAAUUGAUCAUCAUCAGCCUCAGCCUUCACUUCGCCCUAUGACCUGUUGAUCAAUUCCCCAGAAAACAGCUUGUCGGCCCGUAAUUGGUCCAGAAUCCGCGGUUUAUUUAAUCCCAUUACACCAUGACCUCAUUAAAUCAACGACGAUCAGGGCCAAUGCUUGGGAGCUUCCACUAGGACUAUCCGUAAUCGAUACUUCAAAAGCCGACUUCCUUCUUUCUUUUAAAGACAAUAAUACUUCAUAAGCAACGUUGCGCUCACCCGCCCGAAACAGUCAAUACGAGAACGAAAGAGAACAAACGGCAUAUACCUAAACACCAACCAUCAAUCGUGGAUCCAUCCACACCCGGCCUUCCCGGAUCAGCACACACAGCCGCAUUGCUGGACAGAUUGAGUGAUUCCUUUCUGAUCUCUCUCUGGCCUAGCUCCACCGUCUGUCUUCUCCGUCUCCGUGAUUUGUUUUAGGCCGAGGAACAAACAAGAACCGCACAGCUGCCAUGCCUGAUAAUCCUUCGCUUUACCUUCCUUAAAUAACCUCUUCUCCUAGUGUCGCGUCUUGCCGGCUAAGUCGCCUGUUCAACAUACACACAGACCUCGGUCCUUUUCACAAAGCCCGCCGUUCAACCCAAACUCCCGUUCUUGUCUUCUGGUUGUGUCAGGCUGGGGGUUGUAACUGGGCUCAAUUAAGUGAGCCAUGGCAACGAAACCGCCGAAUGAACCUCUACCUGAUAUUCCAAGUCCAGAUAUUCAGGAUGAUGAUGACUCAAUCAUUUGCAAUCAAGAUGAGGCUGAGGCAAUAUUGCAACCUGCUCUUAGUGAUGCUGCUAGACAUUUGACCUCACAAAACACGCCGGCCAUCGAGAAAGCCUUAGCACUGGACAAGAGUCGAGCCGGAUUGUUCGAUGUGCCCAUCGAUAAACACGGUGACACAAGCCCUGAUCUUUCAUCUUCGCCCGAGACAACACCCCAGGUACCACAGAUUGCUACCCCAGAGAGACCACCCGCAAAAGUAUCGCCCAUUCAGCAGUACCGAAAUGCUUUGCCUUCACCCUGGCAGGCUCAGCCGAAGCCUACAACCAAAGGUUCCACAAGCAGACCAUCAGGAAGUAUUCUGGGAAAUGCCUUAGCUCCAGCUCGAAAUCGUUCCAGGUCGGCAGGCCAAGAAGCACUAAGGAGACUGCAGAAAGCAUGGCCUUCUCUUAGCCCUCCGACGCAUCUGUUACCCUCGAUGUCAAACUCGUUCUUUUCCAGCUCACACGACAAAGCAAGUGCCAGUACGUCAGGUGUCUCGAGUCACUCAUCACCAGCAGCCCGCCUGCAUUCGCCUCAUAUUCCUUCUGAUGCGCUUGGUGUCUCUCAAGUGAGGCCUAGUCCGUCUCCGCAACAGGCUCGAGGACUCGCUUCUGCUCCUCGGGGUCCUAACGCAGCCUCUGCGUCUGUACGACCCAGGGUUCUUCGACGGGUCACUUCUGAUGAGAGUCACUUAUAUCACAGUCUUUCUCGCACUUCUUCUCUCGGUGACGACGAACAAUUCCAGGAUGUUCGUGAAAUGGUCAAUAUUCGGUUCAUGGCCUUGAAAGACAGCCUUCCUGACGUUCCAAACUUCAAGAUGCCUAGCCUGCCCAAGCUUUACAGCCAAGCACGGAAGUCAACUCAUUCACUCGGUGCAUUCCACUCACCCGAACCGUCACCAACUCGCGCUCAGCCCCCCAAGGACUUCGAUGUCAGCUCAAAGGAUGGAUCUGCUGUUCUCGAUCGCGUCCUGGAGUCUCUGACUGGGGACUUGGUGAUUAUGGGCGGAUACCGUGGUUCCGUCUUACGAUCUGCCGAGCCACCUCACCAACAGGUCUGGGCCCCUGUGAAACUCGGCCUCAACAUGCGAAAGGUCAAUCUCGAAGUUGGCUUAGAGGAUGAGGACGAGGAAAGAAUGGAAGAAACUAUUAAGCCUGACGGUAUGCUGAAACACAUCGGCCCCGUCGACGUCUCUCGAAAGUUUAUCAAGAGACUGCGCUCGUGCGAUAAUGCUCGAUCGGGAAAGCUGCGAAUUUGGGACUAUGGUUAUGACUGGCGCCUGAGCCCGCAUUUACUGUCUCGUAAAUUACAAGAAUAUCUCCAAAAACUCCCUUCAAACCAAGGAGGGACACCGGCUGGAUCUCGUGGAGCUCUUGUCAUAUCUCACAGUUUGGGUGGUAUCAUCACACGGCAUGCUGUCAACCAGAGACCUGAUCUCUUCUCAGGGGUCUUGUACUGCGGCACACCGCAACGUUGCGUCAAUAUCCUGAACCCUCUUCGCCACGGUGAUGUAGUCCUCCUGAAUGAGAAGCUUCUCACAGCAAGCGUCAAUUUCAGCAUGCGGACGUCCUUCGUCUUUCUGCCUGAGGAUGGUUUUUGUUUUGUGGAUAAGAAUACGGGAGAAGAGUAUCCCAUCGACUUUUACGAUCCUCAGGAAUGGAUCAGGUGGCAUCUGAGCCCGUGUAUGCAGCCGGCUUUGCCGCCUCGCAACCGUCCUCAGUCAUCUUCCUUCUCGUCCUUCCUCCCAAACUCUCUUCGGACUCGUGCUGACAGUAAGAGCGAGAAAUGGCCACCUUCACCAACGGCGGCUGCCCGAGAUCACAACCCUAUCGCACCCCAGCUCAAUGGAAGUGGUGCAAAUGUGGAAGAAUCAAAGCCUUCGGAUCUGCAGCGUAAGCGUUACUUGGAUUAUCUCACCCGAACACUCGCAGCGACUCGCAAGUUUCGCUCAGAAUUGGCCCACUUGCCAAGGCACCAGGAAGCCAACGCCUAUCCUCCUCACGCUGUGUUAUACGGCAAAAGUAUUCCCACGGUGUACGCAGCCCAGGUCACUGGCCGUGAGGGUAUAUGCUAUUCUGAUGCCUACGACGAUCUUCUCUUCCGACCAGGUGAUGGCGUUGUCUUGGCCAAGGAAGCCAUGCUUCCGGAAGGCUACUCUAUCGCUCGCGGCGGUCGUGUCUGUACCGAGCGCGGCCACAUCACAAUGCUCGGCGAUCUGCCGGCCAUGGGAAAGGCACUCGAGGCACUUGUCAGGGGCAGGCGGAAGGGCAUCGGCAUGGGCACUGGUGGUGACGAGGCAAAAUAGACGGGUUCCGGCCGUGUCGGGGUAACACCGCGCAACAUCAUGCCGUCACUCGGCAACACGAUACGGCACCGGAAGGAGUCGCCGCCACAGCGGAUAUGGAUGGGUAUACGGUACCGCGGAAGAGGCUGCGAGUAAGCAUUAGUACCUAGAGACGGAGGCAUUGCAUCUGCGUUAAACGAACGAAUGAACGAAUCACGAAUGUGGAAGGAUAUGAUAGAUGUGUUGUUAUACAUGCAUUAUUGGACUGGCGUUGGAUUGCCUCAUCGUUUUGUAGCAUAGCUUUUGUACGAAUAUUAUAACACAAAAACAUGACGCGGGCAGCAUUUGAGUUGAAUCCCACCGUUGAAGUCUGACACGAAUGACGCCGCGAGUCUUUCCAAAUAUCGUCCGCAAGCCCCC